AGCGUUCGGAUUUCGAUGCAUUACUAUACACCCUUGAUUGGUUUCGCAACAAGAACUAGACAGGAGAAAAAUAUUCAAAAUUGAUAGGAAGCUGGCGAGGUGGAGGGGUAAGAAAAAAGGUUUGCUCUCGGUGAUAUUAUUGAUAAAAUGGCAACCGUUUGAAAACAAAAACUACAUGAUCUAACACAGUACGUCCUAAAUAGCACGUUUCUAGUGAAAAACUUACCAACAUGUUAGAUUUUCACCGAAUUUAAAUAGAAUCUUCUCCUGGCGCUCUAAAACCGCGGUUUGUUCACAUGGCUCCUAAAUUAAUAUCGUCCACUUUGAGCAGCUCUAAAAAAUUGUGUUUUUCAGCUACCCUUAGAAGUCUUUGAUUGGGUAAAAUAUUGAAACAAUAUUUCUAGUGCAGCUAAAAAGAAUUGGAUGACAAUAAAAUUCCACUGUUUUACUCCUAUAAAUAAGUCAAUCAUAGGAACAAUAGAGCUUGAGCUAGGGUAGACUGUACAGUUCGUAGUUGCUCUCGGUGAUUGAUCUGCACCAGUAAACAAAAACAAGAACAGUAGGAUUGCUUUAUUUUUCUGUGAGUGAAGUACGCAAACUUGUUCCGGCUUCCACAAAUAUUAUACGAUCACAAUACAAUCCGUUACCUUUCCACUCCACAAGCGUCCUUGACAUAUAAGUACGAUCAGUUCCGCUGUGAAAUAACUUACCACCGUAUGCUAAACAAUUUCAUUACCGUAUUACUCGACUCGCCUCAAAUGAUGCAACUCAAUCGAGAAUGGCUUUAAAAUAUCGCCUGCGUAAAUCAAAUUAAUUGAAUCCUAUCAAAACCAUCCAAAGGUGCCGGUGCUUCUCUCAAUCCGUGUAUCCGUUGUCACAGCUUCUCAUCGUGUGCUAAUUGCCCCCAUCACCAUCCCCUGGGCAGGCAACGGAAGCAAAACAUCAUCGACUACAACACCAACAACAACCACUACUACUACUAGCGCAACUCACGGAACCCGCCCUAGACUCGUGUGCGGCGUGAAUCAGUGAUAUAAACAAACCCAUUCACAAACAACCGCAUCUUGGGGGUGCUACACCUCGUGCCAAGUCGUAAUUAAGCUAUAAACUAGAACAAAAGUGUGGAGAAGAUCUAUCUUGAAAUUCUGAUCGGUUCGCGUGUACCGCAGCCUUUAGGCCAUAUUCUAAUUAUAAAUAACUUGAUGCAAAAACGUUAGUAAACUCGUCAGGAAAAAGACGGAUCAAACCAUGACAGCUCUAGCAGUAGAACCAGAUAAACACCCGACAUCUGUCCGUGGUAGACAUGCAACUAGGAAAAGUGUUAACAUCAGAUCACAAAUGCGUUCAUCGCAGCACAACCGACCCUGGCUAUCGCCAAGAACUUCCCGACUCAGUGGAAAUAUGUUCCUUCUUAUCACAGCCGCGGCAGCUGCCGUGAUGAGUACUUUCGCAAUUGAACGCAAACUUCAAGCAUCCGGUCGAGUAUUUUUCAAGUUUUUCCAUAAUCAAGCUCUGCAGUUUGAAUUCCCUACAACCGGAGCGGUACAACUUAGAUGCACCCAUCACGAUGAGUUUUACUACGCCAACCCAGCCACCAAGUGUUCAACUUACUACCGGUGCUUCCAACAGCAACCUAUCCGCUACAAGUGCCACGAAAAAUCCGUCUUCGAUUUCUACCAGCAAAAAUGUGUUCGUAAUGAAGGAACGUGUUAUGAACCUAUAUGUACUGGGAAAACUAACGGUAUUUACGCGGACACAACCCAGGCCUGUCGGAGAUCCUAUGAGUGCUUCGGUGGCAAGCUUAUCGCCAUGGACAACUGCCCCCAGGGUCACCUGUUCGAUGGUUCGAGAUGCGCUCCCCAGCACGAGGUCAACUGCGAGAGCCCGACGACCUCAGCCAUCGCCAUCCCGUUCGGGGGCGAUGACCGGUGCUACGGACUGCACAACGGAAAUCACAUUAUCGACGAAGAUCAGUGCAAGAAGUUUAUGGUGUGCCAAGACAACAGUGUGAUAGAUGUGCUGGAAUGUCCCUUCGGAUAUGUGUACGAUGAACUGAAGGCCCGAUGUACGUUCACCGGGGGCGUGGGGGCAUCUAUGUGUAUGAGCAACUACAUGGAUGAAGAGGACGAUGCGUGUGAGAGACUAUUCGAUGGAUUGCAUCUGGAUCCAACGUCCAAAUCGUGUAAAAGCUACAUCAAGUGUCUGGACGGGAAAUUUAUAUCCAGACAUGAUUGUCCCAAAGCGAUGGUAUUCAAUGGUGCCCAAUGUGUGCCAGAUUUCCUGUACCAUUGCCCGAGGCUUGCCCUUCCCGGAGAUAUAUGCGAUAAAAAGAUGAACGGCUAUUACGUGGAUCCCCGUAAAGGAUGUUCAUAUUACGUGCGUUGCGAAAAUCAAAAAACCAUUGAAAAUCAUUCCUGUCCCUCUGGCUUUCAGUACGAUUCGGUGAAAAAUCUAUGCGUCGAACACUUUCAUAGUGAAAUGUGUCAGGAAUAUGGAUAUUCCAGGGAUUGCGCGCAGCGUUCGGCAGGAUUCUACCAAGAUUUUUCCGAAUCAUCAAAGUGCGCUCAGUAUUAUUACUGCUUGAAUGGUAACAAAACAAUAUUCCGCUGUCCAGCCGGUCAUAUGUUCGAUGGUGAAAACUGUGUUAGCUCUUCAACGUACGCUUGUCCGAGCGAAAAAUCCGACUCCUGUGCGAACAAACCCAACGGGCACUACCGAGAUCCCAACGGAGGUUGUCGUUCAUAUUUCUACUGCUCCAAUGGCAGCAAAACUUCCUACCUCUGCAACGCCGGGCAUGUUUUCAGUGACGGAAAAUGUGUGGAUCGAUUCAACGAUACGUCUUGCCAGGAUGAUCUGGUUUGCAGCGGUAGAUCGGAUGGAUACUAUCAAGAUCUGGAGGCGAACUGUCGCAAUUAUUUCUACUGUCAGGGGAACGAAAAACUGCAGACCCUUACUUGUAGGGGAAGCAAAAUCUUCAAUGGACACAGUUGCGUUUCGGAAGACGCUUACACCUGUCCGCGUGGUAGAGCUGCCGCGAACCCACUCCUGAACUGCGUUGCGCGAUCAUGUAUACCGCACUGUUCCAAAAAUGGUUUUCAAACGGACUACGAUAGUGGCUGUAGAAACUACCACUUCUGCAUUGACGCUAAGAAGACGGUGUUGUCCUGUUCGGACAACUACAUAUUUAACGGUGAAAUUUGCGUUCCCAGCGACACGUACAUUUGUCCAAAGUAUUGUGAUGCUACGGUUGCCUGUAGAUAAAGGAAGAUAAAAUUGCAGUGACAACUACCUGACUUAAUGAGGGGGGGAAAGAUUUCUACAAACACUCAGUUUGAUGGGCGUUGCCAUCUAGUUCUUAGGAUUUAUUUAUUUAUAUACGCCCAGAGUUUAUAGCAAAAGAAGCAGUCACAAAUGCAAAAUUUGGACUACCCGACAUGAACACGUUACUUGCUUUUGCAGACGGUUUUAAGGUAGAAUGCUAAUUUAACGAUGUAGAAGAAGAUCAGCGUCAGUGGAUGAUCUUCUGUACUGUACUCUUAUUCAAAUACGAUGCAUUUAAAAUACUCAUAGUGCCUAGUGCAGAUCAAUGGAUUUCACAUUAGAUCUGAUAGAGCAAAUAUAGCGCAUAAGCUUAAAAUACGCCCUCGAUAAUAUACAAAUAAUGUUAGGUGAUUUAUUGGGAGAUAAUAGAGUAUUUCAACAGAUAUUAUAGUACAAUUAGUUGAUGAUUAAUUUAUCUUGUUCGACAUUAAAAAAAUCCUACCUUUUUACAUUAUGUGUAAAGUAUGUUAUUGUAUAGAGA